CCAAUUUUACUAUUUAAGUGUUUCUUUUAUUGGUCAAUUGUCUAAAUCAUUUCCAUUUGUUCAAAGGAUUGACCACUAAAAGUGACUUGUGACCUUUGAAGUUUCUCACCGACUCGCCUAAGGUUCCAGUCCAAUUGUGAUGAACUAAUUGUCAAAAAGUUUUCCUUUAUUAUUGUCUGAUUGUUAAAACAAAAGGAAUCAAUGAGAAAUUGAUUAACCAUUGUUACCUACCUACUGUAACCCUUGACCCUUGAGGGGAGAAAAUUUUUUCAAUGGAAAAAAUUUCAAUUUCAAAGUUACAAUUACUUGGAAUUUUGAUUAAACUCAUUAAGGGAAGAGGAUUAAUUAUGUUGUUGGUGUUAAUCUUCAUCUAUUAGGUUAACCUGGAUUAGUAUUGGAAGGAGACAAAAUUAGCAGGAAAUUUGGUCAAACUUUUUUGAAUGAUCGACAGAUCGUAUUUAGGUCAAGAGUCGCGCGAUUAACUCACAUCAUUUGAGCAAAUCGUCGAGAACGAUAAACUUUAACUUUGAUUAGUUGAUUGUUUUCAUUACAAUUUAAGUUCCCCCAAUCAAUAUGAUUCCAAUUGAACAGUUAUUCAAAUAUUUUACAUUUCCAAAAGUUGUUCCCAAUCAAAAGGAUAAAUUUCAAUCCGAUCCACUGUUUUGCCGAUUAAGUCGUGAAUCUGAGAUUCAAUAUGUUGGUUACAAGGAUCGCUCUUUAUUUCACCGUAAGAGAAAGUUCAUUAAUGAAAUUGAAUCCGGAACAGUAAAUAUUGUAUUUGUGUCAACCGCAAUUCACUUACAACUAAUUUUGAGCCCCGGUAAUAUUAAUAUCCUGGAAAAUAGAAAGGUUGAAUUCAGAUCAAGUUUAAUUUUUAACGGUGUUUGUGUCCAGUGUAAGGGUUGGAUUGACCUGGAGAAACUUGAAGGAAUCGGUUGUCUUGAAUACGAUCAUGUGAAUGGUGAAAUUGAAGAUACUCUCCUGAAAGAGCAGAUUAAAAAAAGGCCACAAGAAAAUGAUACAAUCGAUCAGCACCUUCGGACAUUUCAAUCAACAUCCCAUCGAGUUAAAGUGUAAUUCAUAUAAAAUAUCGUGAUAUCUUUUUGUACCUAAUUAAUUGUUAUCUAUUUGUAAUUAAUGUUAAAUCAGAACAAAAAAGAGGAAUAAAACUUUU